GACGCAGCAAAAGCUCCACCUCGCAGCCUGGAUUUCAGAUAAGUGCCCUGAUUAUUCCUUCCUUACAUCAUCCCAACACCAUUAAACCACACCUAAACCUUUUUUAUUCCCGAAAUCCUAUCCAAUUUAGUAAAAACUUUCACUUGUGCAAAUUGUGUCUACCCCAUAAUUUUUAUUCAUUGUUCAAAAUAUCAUCAAAUCAUUGCAAUUUCUCUUAUUUUCAAGUAAUUAAAGCCAAAUCCUAAUUGUAAUAACGUAUCGCGCCAGUAGUUUCCCGGUUUUUAGUAUUUUUGCCGAAUAUUUCAGUUGUGCCAGCGGCCGACCUCAACGAGCCGGCUAACGGGACAUCAGCUGAUUCAACGCGUCAACACCGGCUUCCUGGCUGCCGUCGGGGCUGAGGGCGUGAGAUACGUAUUCUUUUUAUUAUAAAUUUGUGUCUUUCUGAGGCGCGGCUUUGUAAUUUUGAUUUGAACUACCUCGCAUAAUUAUUUUUUAUCGUGUAAAUUCUUUAAACAUUCUAUAAUUUAUUAAUUAAACGCAUUUCAAUACUACAAUUUACAUUUCAAAACAAUAUUUUCUUAGUAAUUUGACAUUUUAAUACGAAAUAAUGACUGAUCCAGCCACUUUAUCACCGCAUUUGGCAUCGAGGCAUUCGAUGUCAAAGGAUUUAUUAGUAAAACGUAGUUCAAUUAAAGGGCAAAUUGCUAGAUUUAGAAAUUACUUAAACAAAGUUACAAAGCAGCCCUCGCUGACGACCAUUGAGAUUGCUGAAUUGUCACUUAAACUCAGCAAGUUCGAGGGUCAGUUGGCCAAAUAUGACGAGCUGCAAACUCAGAUCGAAUUAAUAAAUUCUGAAAAUUUGGAUUUUGAGAUGGACGAGCGUGAACGCAUUGAGCAAGACUUUAUUUUGUGCAUAGCUAUGGCAAAGAGUUUCUUAGAUGAACAAAAUGAAUCGAAAUUAAUAAGUCAAGACAAAAAACGCCGCGAAUCUUUAUUUUUAGAGGCUCAAUCUUUUGACGCAGAUUCUAGUGUUCGCCUACCUCAAAUCCAAAUAGCCAAAUUUGACGGAUCAUAUUUCCGCUGGUUAGAGUUCCGCGACACUUUCUCUAAUUUAAUUCAUAACAAUGAACGCUUGUCAUCCAUUCAAAAGUUUCACUAUUUGAUUUCCUAUUUAGAGGGAGAUGCAGCUCGUGUUAUUUCAAAUAUUGAGGUGUCUUCUGCCAAUUAUAAUGAUGCUUGGCAAUUAAUUUACCAGCGUUAUAAUGACAAAAGACUACUCAUUAAUCAUCAUCUUAAAUCAUUGUAUAAUUUGCAACAGUCGACACGCGAAACUGAAAGUUCCCUACGAUUUGUAGUAGAUCAUGUCACCAAAAACUUGCGUGCCCUAGCCAAUCUAGGUCAGCCCACAGAGCACUGGGACACAUUAAUUAUAUUUUUCAUUUGCUCUAAACUUCAUAACCAUACUCUCAUAAAGUGGGAAGAACAACGUAGCAAUUUAGGAGAUGUUCCCACCUUAGAACAAUUUAAGCAGUUUUUAAUUGACCGGGCACACAUAUUAGAAUCUACUAGUCGUAAUCAAUAUAAUAAUAAUUCUAAAAACACAAAUAAUUACGUAAAAUCAAUUCAAAAUUCAAAUUUUAAUAGCAAUCAAUCAACUUUUCAAACAAAUUCACAUAAUGCAACUUUAAAUUCCAACAAUAAUAAUUCACACGUCUGUAUUAUUUGCAACAAAGGUCAUAAAAUAUACGAAUGUUCAAUUUUUAAAUCAAAAUCAAUACAGGAUAGGUUAGUAGACGUUUCUAAAUAUAAGUUAUGUUCGAACUGUUUACGUCAAGGACACCCGGCCCGCGAGUGUCGUAUGGGUCCAUGUAGGCAGUGUAACGAGCGACAUAAUACACUACUGCAUUCAGUUGAUGCCACUAAAGCCAACAAUGCUCAAAUACAACCAUCGGAAUCCAUUGUCAACUUCUCAACCACCUCACUGUGGCGUGGAGCAUAUGCUCCAAUGUCAAAAUGGCCCCGUCUGUGGCGUGGAGCAUAUGAUCCACAAAAUGUAGGUUCACAUUUCGCGGCACAGCACGCUCAAUUUUUAUUAGAUUGCAUUAAGAUUACUACAGUACGUUCCUGACGAACCGGGCUGUAUAAUGAUAUACGCCUUGGAUACGGCCUAGAAGGAAAAUAAAAAGUUAUCUGUCAUCAAAGUUACUCUAUUUUCAUUACGCACUUUGCCUACUUGCCGCCUUGAGUGAGCUACGUUGGCAGAGUUUUAAUACUUGAAAUUUGUAUUAGAUCAUAGAACGUGAGCUGUUGCUGCGUAGGAAGAAUGUCAUCUAACGAAGAAAAUUUGCCCUCAACCUCAGGCCAAGGCCAAGGCCGUGGCCGUGGCCGCGGUCGCGGUCGCGGUGCCAAUAGAGGCAGAGGUGCUGAGGAUCCGGAAGCACUUCUUACUGUCAGAGCCGCCCGACAAGUUUCGCAAAGACAUUUUGCGAACUUGUCGGCGGCCGACAAGGACGACCUUCCCGACGCGCCUCCGCGCAAACGGCGAACUUUAAAUGCUUCUCCUGAGAGGGAGCUGCCCGAAGUAGUGGAUCCACUGCAACCUACGCCGCAAGUGGAUCCACUACAGCCAUCAACUUCGUGGCAACCGACGCCGCCUCUACAAGUGCCGGCUGACGUCGAGUUUGUUCACAACGAGGAGAUUGGCCACGGGUCCAGGGACCCGACGCCGCCUCUACAGGUGCCGGCUGACGUCGAGUUUGUUCACAACGAGAUUGGCCACGGGUCCAGGGACCCGACGCCGCCUCUACAGGUGCCGGCUGAUGUCGAGUUUGAUCACAACGAGGAGAUUGCCGAAAGCGACGCGUCCGUUGAUACGGCAGAGGCGGACACAGUACCCAAUUCGCCCAGUUCUCUGGACUCUUUGGUUUUCCGCCUGUCAACCACAGAGAACUGGGCGAAUGUAUGCCGUACGCCCCAAAAAAAAAGAGAGUAUUUUAACGACGACAUCACAGACUCUGAUGCUUCUUGUUAAAAUACUCUCUUUUUUUUUAUUGUUAGGAAAACAAACAGCAUUCUAUAGCACAUAGAGUUAACAAUUAAACUUCACAUUCGCCAAAAUAUCGAAUUAUCUUCGAAAAAAUUUAAUGUAUCUUACUUAAGAAUUAAUUCAGCUAAAUAUACCUUUAUGUUUAUUAAACUUAAUACUUGCUAUGCCCUUACAGGGUGCAUAUGAUGUACUACCUAACCAUUUACCAACUGUCAAACCACACAUAUUAUCUUCGAAAAAAUUUAAUGUAUCUUAAGAAUUAAUUCAGCUAAAUAUACCUUUAUGUUUAUUAAACUUAAUACUUGCUAUGCCCUUACAGGGUGCAUAUGAUGUACUACCUAACCAUUUACCAACUGUCAAACCACACAUGUUAUCUUCGAAAAAAUUUAAUGUAUCUUACUUAAGAAUUAAUUCAGCUAAAUAUACCUUUAUGUUUAUUAAACUUAAUACUUGCUAUGCCCUUACAGGGUGUAUAUGAUGUACUACCUAACCAUUUACCAACUGUCAAACCACACAUAUUAUCUUCGAAAAAAUUUAAUGUAUCUUAAGAAUUAAUUCAGCUAAAUAUACCUUUAUGUUUAUUAAACUUAAUACUUGCUAUGCCCUUACAGGGUGCAUAUGAUGUACUACCUAACCAUUUACCAACUGUCAAACCACACAUAUUAUCUUCGAAAAAAUUUAAUGUAUCUUACUUAAGAAUUAAUUCAGCUAAAUAUACCUUUAUGUUUAUUAAACUUAAUACUUGCUAUGCCCUUACAGGGUGUAUAUGAUGUACUACCUAACCAUUUACCAACUGUCAAACCACACAUAUUAUCUUCGAAAAAAUUUAAUUUAUCUCUAGGAUGAUGCCAAUGUAAAUAAAAUAUUAUCUAACUAGCUUUUGCCCGCGGCUUCACCCGCGUGAAAUUUAAUUUGUCACAGAUCGUCAUAAAUUAUAUAAUAGCCUAUAUUAUGUUAUUCUGGGUUAUAAACAAUAAUACUGUAAAGUUUCAAUCAAAAUCCGUUCAGUAGUUUUUGCGUGAAAGAGUAACAAAUAUCCAGACAUCCAAACUUUUGCAUUUAUAAUAUUAGUAGGAUUUUUUUGCUAGGAUGUAUGUAAAUAAAAUAUUAACUAAU